AUGGGGUUUUGUAUGACAGUCACCAACACUAGUAUUGUGGUAGCUCAGUGUCCAUACAUACCAGUCAGCAACAACAUCCGUCACCUCUACCACAACAUCUAUAGAGUCCUGCCGACAGAUUUGGACGAGGUCAACUCUUCGCUGUGUGCUCCGUACAACAGGAGAGGAUAUCUCUGCAGUGAUUGUAAAGAGGGCCACGGACUGGCAGCAUACAGAUACUAUGGACUCAUGUGCGUGAAAUGCUCUCACCCAACACUAAUGCUGGGGGCUUACAUUAUCCUACUCUUGUCCCACCCAACGUUCUCCUUCUUUUUGUUUUUCUUGUUCAAGACAAACAUUCACUCGGGACAUUUGACUAGUUUUAUCUUCUUUUCGCACACAAUCGUUACCACAAUGUUCUUCUUCCCGCACCUAUCGAUACUCCCUAUGAAUCUGUUCGGUUACUGGCCCUUGCAGAUCAUCAUGUCGUUUUACGCAGUCUGGAGUCUCGACUUUGUGCAAUUUCUGAUACCCCCGUUCUGCCUACAUGCUAAAGGAAACAAGUGUAUAGUUGCACUGUGGAAGCCAUUCAAGAAGUUGCUGAAGGUCGAAGUUAAAGAUCUGUCGUCCAUUAUUUACACGUUUGGGAGUUUCGUUCUACUGUCGUACGGAAAGAAUCUGUUUGUAUCGUUUUCACUUUUCAGCAAUAUUUCCUAG